AUGGUGAAGAGCGCGCAGGCGUUUAUCUCCGGCUUUACGAACAAUCACACAAGUCUCAUCAACCUGAACCCAGGCCGAGGAAAGCAAAAAGGCGGGAGCGAAUUCAUUGACUCCUUACAAGAGCUGCAAAGCACACAGCUUUCGGAAAAAUAUAGAAAGCCCAUAAUCGCACGGUUCAAUGCCGAGGCACCAUCCUUCAACUUUACUGCAGGUGAUAUAACCGGCAUGUUCGAGUUGUGCGGGCAUGAGAGCGUUAUUCGCGGCUCUUCUCCUUUUUGCUCUCUCGCUCUAUUCAACUCGGAUGAGUGGCUGGGAUUUGAGUACGCGAACGACCUGAUAUACUUCCACAACACGGGAUACUGCCGGGGCCUAUCUCCUGUUCUCGGAUUUCGGUGGGUCAACGCCAGUGUCACGACAUUGAAGGACGAGUCUUUAUGUCAAGAGCUAUACGUAUCAUUCACUCAUCGCGAAGUCCCACCGACUGUCAUCGCAGCGUUGGGUGUGAAUAAUAAUAGUGCGUACACGGGAGCAAAUAACGUGAGCGAGACUAUGUCUGAGAAUGGUAUCAACUACAACCGUGCAUAG